AUGAUGAGAAACUUGACUAUACUCACUGGAAUCAAUUCCUCCAUAUUUUUAUUCGUCUUCAUUUGGCAGUCAAUUGGAAAAGAGAUUAUGGAACUUCAAUCCUAUAUGGCUACCAUGUACGUUUUGUCUGAUUCGAUGACCUUACUUCUUCCAUAUAUGCUUCUAGUCUUUGACCGUAACGUUCGGAAGACAUGGCAAAAGUCAUUGGAGGUCUAG